AUGGCAUCUGACAAGGUGAUUCGACAUACCACAUUCGAUGAGACAACCGAAAUACCGUGGCAUCGAACCUCGUCUAACACCUCAUUUCGUAUCGUGUCUUCCGUUGACGAUCUCGUUGCUUCUUCUGUCUUCUGCGGUAGGUACAUAACGAAAAGAUUACAAGAUCUUGGACGAGAUGUUGAGAUCCAUCUCAUCAACGGAGGUCACAUCGUGGAACCACCUUAUUUCCCUCAUCAUGGCGCUGUUUACGCGAAGUUUCAAGGGUUCUAUUGUGGUUACGGUGGUGAUGCCAUAUUGCACGGGAAAGGCCAAGAAGUGUCAUGGCAAGGUACCAUCGAUUUCUUCAAGCAAAAACUCGGAAAAACGGCGAAUAUGCCCGACUGGGACCGACUGCACCAUGUGACUGCAGCUAGCCACUUAUGA